AUGAUAGAUGUGGGGGUACCAGGCUAUUGCUUUGGGGUACAGAGCAUCACACAGCCGUCAACCUUUACAGGAAACACCUCAGCCAGUGCGACAUCAAGGAGGAAUUUGAUUUGCUGCCGCCCCUCAGCCACAGAUGAAGGAUCGUUAUUACCAGAGUUACGAGAAUACCAUUUUGGAAACAGAGCCCGAUAUGAUAUAUCAGGUCCCCGAGCUGGGACUGUGAAAACACGACCGUGGCCAUUUUGGGAGAGAACGACACGUCUAGCUUCUGAGUCAGCCGGUGCGACAUCAAGGAACAGCUGGUGGAGGAAUUUUAUUUGCUGCCGCCCCUCAGCCACAGAUGAAGCACUCUGUUCAUGUUUUGGGAACAGCCGGUGUGGACUUUGCAAUUGCUGUCUUUCCGCAGAGUCAGAAUCGUCAACACCACAGUUAAGCGAAUACUGUGGUGAAAAGCCAUCAGAAGAAUCAUCAACACCACAGUUAAGUGAAUGUGAUUAUGAAGAGCCACCAGAAGGAUUGCUACCGUUCGAUAGAAAUUUUUACCCUUGCUUCUCUUUAGUAGGAGCGUCGUCAGCACCACAACAAUAUCAUUUUAGAAGAAGAGGCCUAAGGCUACAAAGAGACACGGACAGCUCCCAGGCUGCUGCACUGGAAGACACAGUAGGAGGAGAAGUGACAGGUGGCCAGCGGCAGCGCCAGCAGCUCCUCUGUGUCUCGGUUGACCAGCAGCUCUGGCAAGUCCUUGAAAUCACCAGUGAGAAGGUGCAACCUCUUUCCACGACUCCCACAGCAGAAGGAGCCACAGCCCUGAUCACGUCCAUCCUCUAG